AUGGGCAGCGUCUUUAGCAGUCCCAACCCAGUAGAUAGGACCCCGAGGCGAACAACAACACCGACAAUGCCUGGUGGGAAGGUACUCGACAGGAGGCCUAUACCAAACGGCUACGUGUCUCCUGGCAAUUCGCCAUUCCUCAAGAAGCACCCGCGAGAGAUUCGCGACAAGAUCUACGAUGAGCUCCUCAUAGUCCACAUGACACCAGAAGAUUGGGAGAAGUACGAGGAUGUGAAGAACCACGAUCGUGCUUCUGACUUCGCCCGAGAGUGCGUCUUCGACGACUUCGACCAGGAGUAUGCCCUCAUGCCAAAUGUCAAAAUCAACGAGCAGAACAACAAGGGCACGCGCUACAUCGCGCGAAACAAAGGCAUCUUGUUGGCUAACAAGCAGAUAUACCAAGAAGCUACCUCAGUUCUUUUCGGUAAGAACCUAUGGGGUGCCAUUCCCGAGUUUGAGCGCAUCUGGUCAUUCUGGCGAUGCGACUCAUACAAGUGCCAGCCUGUUGAGAGACCAUGCUACGUGAGACCAGAGACUGCCGCAAAUAUCAAACACCUCCUGAUCAUCGUCAAUGUGCGCGGGCUCCCUGCAGAAUCACACAACCUGAAGCGAAACCUCUACAUGAUGGUCGACACUUUGAAGGGUAUUGGGAUCCAGCUACAAACUCUCAAGGUCCGAUACUGGACCCAGUAUGGAGGAGAGGUGGAAGCUUUGCGCGAAGAUCUCGAGGGACCGCUUCCACCUGGCAUACCGCCACGUCCGAUCAUGAUGAAGAACUUCACCACCGGACGCUACGAUAUGGUCCGACGCAGCGAGAUCAACACCAAGCUCUUCCGCGACAUCAACAUCCUCGAGCCAUUACGCCGUCUCAAGGGCGUCGCUCAGGAAGCCAGCAUUCGAGGAGAUCUACCACAAGCCUACAAGGACGAGCUCACCAAAGUCCUCACCUCUGCGACACCUACCUGUGCCACCAAGAAGAAACUACAGGAGAAAGCCGCCGCAGAGCGCAAGAGGCAAGCGGCAUCAACCCCAUCACCGAGCCUCGCAGAGUUCGCCCGCGACAUGCUAGCGAAGGAUCCCAACGCGGACGCCGGUAUGAGGGGUCUCUAUCAGCAGUUGAUGAGGACGUCAGUGAAGUCACCCGCUGUGAUGGCCGAAUUGUUCAAGGAGCCCACCAAAGAAGAAAUUGACCGUAUCAGCGCGCAGUGUCGUGCGGAUCGCGUAGCCCGAGAUGCAGAGGUUGAAGGGCAGGGUGCGAGUGAGGGAGAAGUUGAAGAGCAGGUCUCUCUAAGUGGCAUCGGUGUCAUCGCUGGCAAGCCUAUCUUUGGGCCGCCUCGUCCACCAGGUAUGGCCUGA